GAACCCAACCAGUGGGGAAGUAGCCAAAGUGAAGUUACUCCCUUCAGUCGUAAUUUAAACAAGGUAUGUCAGUGUACAUCAUAUAUCAUUAUUUGCAGUGUAUCUAGCUAUAAUCACAACGUACAAGUUACGGGAACAUGCAAAAUUGCAGCUUGCUUGUAGGAUAGGAAUGUCUAGAAUAAGCCAGACAAGCUAUACAUAAACCUAUACAAUGUUGCACGUUCUGUCUGUAAUUUACAGUAGCUGCAUGCUCAUCCUCUUAAGACUUUUAGCCCCGUGAGUUUACCUAGCACUUUCCAGAGGCUGCAUACGUUCAAGUUGGUGCUUUUUGCAGAUGUUAUUGUUCAAGUUGGCUACCUAGAGCGUUGACUGUAUUGAUCAGCGUAUCGUCAGCAACGUUAAAAGAAAAGUACUUCAGGGAAUUUCGGAAACGUUCAAAAUAAAAGUCCCCCACGUAACAGUAGAAACGUGUCAAAAACUUGUAUUUAUAAUUGUCUACACAUUAACGAUGAAUCAAUUUUGGUUUUAAAACAUGUUCCAAGGUCAAAUAAAUGGCCACAAUGCGAAUCACUGAAUAUGGAAUUCAUAUUGGCAUAUAGAGCAAAAACUAUAAGUGCCACAGUAAAAUUAUUGUAGGGAAUACUCAGUUGGGUCUGUAGAAUGUAUAUAUUGUGUCAUGUCAUGGGUUUCUGUUUUUUUACUGUGGUCAAACAGCUUAAAGUGGGUUGCCUGGACACUAUAUGGUACAAGUAUAGCACUGUACAGGGAAAACAAUAGAUUGUGUGUCCAUAAAACCAGGGUCCAGUCUACUCACUAGAAUCCCUACAAUACAAAACAGGUCAUAAGAAGUUUUAUGUUGACAUUUGCACCAUGGACAGCUGACACUUUUAGAGUUGUCACUGUCAGCCUAUCUCCAAAUACAUGGCAAAUAUGUGACCCUAAAGCAUAUUAAUGUGAUGUAAUAUUUUAAUAAUUGCAAAUAAACUGGGGUGGAAAAUACUCAGUUGGGGUUCUACCAACCAAAAUGUUCAGUCUCUUGUAAUGCCUUAAAUGUAAUCCUGCAUGUUAUAUUAAUUUACUAUUUUUCUGUUGAAUAUCAGUUGGAAACACAAAACACCUUAACAGUAAAAAAAUGUUUUUAGCUACUGUGAAAUAAAAUGCCAUUCCGUACACGACUUUCAUGCACUUGCCUUGCGCUAAUAAUGGAGGUGCCAAAUACCGAUUAUUAACAGGUGAUUCGUUAUUAAGAAGCCAACUUCUUCAAAGACUGCAACAAAGAUAGACUGUCAUAUCUACACGACUGUGACACAUUUAUACAUUAUAUUGCUAGUGACAACAAGGUGAAAUUAAACAAAAUGGUACAAACAGAUCAUGUAAAUGAGGCUCAGGUUCUAAACCUAUUGCCUGUGGAGAGUUUAAAUGAGGAAAUGUCAACUGCUCAGAGAAGACCCUCAGACUGCAAACUUAAUAUACAAAAUGUAUACACUUUUGAGGAUAUAGAACCUGCUACAUUCAUCCUGAUGUGGCCAAGAGUUCGUAUGAGGAAGUGUCAGUGGUGCCGAUGUAAAAGUGGUCGUUUUAAUUCCCAAGACAUUGGGAAUGAAACUGUUAGAGGUUUAUCAGAUGAGGACAACUGAGUCAGAUGAGCAGCAUACAUUGAAAUAAGCGAGGAUACAUUGAAAUGUGCUUUGUCAGAUGAGCCAAAUUUUGAAGUGGUAGGUAUUUCAAAAAGUUUUCAUGGGUAAGCCUAUUUGCAGGAAAUAUUAAAGAGUCCAAUCCUUACUGGGUAGUACAUUUUCGAUAUCAAUUUUCAGUGUCUCAGAAAAGGAUAUAAAAAUACAUAUCUUAAAAUAAAUGGAUACUGUAGCCAUUCUUCAUGCAAGCUAAAAUGUGUUAUUCUGGACACUGCGAAUGCACUAGAUUUCCAUGUCUCAUAUUCAAGUGAUAUCAUACAUUCAGAUGAAGAUGGUAUAAAGACCAUUUCGAGCUCCAGAGAUGGACCAACUUGUAUUGCCAUUACAUAAUACUGCCGCAUAUAAGGUGCACAGGGAAUGAAUAGCCAACGUCGACCUCCAAUGUUUGGCCGCUCAGAACAGAAGUGGCAUUGGACUAGAUACAUCAGUGUUGAGAAACAUCAAAUCUGAACAACGCACAAAUAAAUAACUUUUUGGAUUCUGAUUAAAUCAAGUCACUGCAAUUACUGAAAGAAAAACUUGAGAAUGAAACAAUGGCACAAAUAAUAAUUUCUCCUGUACAGUGCUAUAUUUGUACCGUAGUGUCCAUGCACCCCAUUUUAAGCUGUUAGGCCACAGUAAAAGUCCAGAAACACUCCGUAUAUAUCAGAACCUCAUGAAAUGAGAUCAUAUAUAGAUUCUACAGACCCUACUGCAUACUCCCCUACUCACUUUUACAUCGGCACAAAUCAUAUUUCUCUCUCUAUAAGCCCAUAUGUAAUGCAUUGUGGCCCAUGUAAUGGGUGGAGUGAAAGGCCAGAAACACUCAAAUUAACACCAUAUAUAGAUUCUGAGUACUUCCCACCCCACUUUUACAUCGGCACAAAUGAUAGUUUUUCCUAUACAGUGUUAUAUUUGUACAGUGUCCAGGCACCCAAUUUUAAGCUGUUUGACCACAGUAAAAGUCCUGCAACACUUCCUACUACUUAGCUUUUUGUUCAAACACAUCUGAUUUGUAUUCUAGGGACCCUAGUGAGUAGACUGGACCCUGGUUUUAUAGACACAAUCUUAUAUUUUUUCCUGUACAGUGCAGUUUGUUUGUGCAAUACAACAAAAAUACAGCAAUACUUUUCUUAAACAUUACAUUUCAAAAUUGCAUCCUUGAACAAUAGCACCAAUAAAUAAGACUCAUACAAUCAAAAUAAUGAAUUGUAUAUUAUGUUCUUGACAUUCCUCUACUUAAGCUCCAACCAUUUCUCAAUGUGCUCCACCAUAUAGGCUUUAUUUAGCUUAUAUAAAGUCGUUUAUUUAGUAGUUUAGUUUAGAUUUUACCCAUUGUAUUUCUAAUUGUUCAUUUUUAUUACUUUUUUUACAGAAUUUUAACAUGCAUUGAUUGCAAAGCUACAAAAAAUAUUUCGUAUCGUACGCAUAGCGUUUUAUCACGAACUUUUAUUUUGAAAGCAAAAUCCGAAAACCUGAAGUCUUAAUGUGGCUGGUAUCCAGCUAGUGUUGUUUUGGGACCCUCGUCUAGGUCGAGUCCUCUGCCCUGGCUGUCCAAUGACAUUCGAACAAUUUUCUAUUCUAGUUUUUGCAUGCAGCUGUGGACUAUGAGCCGCGACUUUCAUUUUUAGCAUGCAUAACAUUCUAGUAGUAGUUUUAAAAUGCAGUGUUAUAUUUUAAGCAAAACUUUAGCGGCAAGAUUUUUGAAAGAAUUCCAAUAAUUAUGUAACACUUUCUUACGUGGGCUUGUCAAAGGUAACUGAACUAUGGCCCUCACCCAAGUGGCUACCAGAAGGUAAAUCUCACGUGACUAUAGCCACAUUUGUAAUACAUCAAUGCAGAGUUUUUUUUAAUUGUCGUUUUAUAUAUUAUAUACCAUUGAUUUCAUAAAUGUAACAUAAUGCAUGUCGUUGUCUAGCACUGAGCUCAAGUGUAAAAUGAAUUUUGCCAUCUACCUGCCUCCCAAGGCUGAGAAUGGGAAGUGUCCUGUCUUGUACUGGCUCUCAGGUGAGUUCUACAAACUAACAUAAUGUAUGAUGCACCUCCAUCUGCAGAGAAACACACAGUAUCUCUAUGGAUUUGACUCUGAGAAUGUUAAUGUGUCUGUACUAACCAGGAUUGACAUGCAUGGAGCAGAACUUCAUCACCAAUGCUGGCAGGCAGCUUCUGCGCAUGGAAUCAUCAUCGUUGCACCAGACACCAGCCCACGUAUGACCAACCAGCACACACAUUUAUCACUCCCACCCUCACUUGUUCCCUCUCUUUCUGUGGUGUUCAGGUGGUUGUAACAUUGAGGGUAAAGAGCUGGGACUUUGGCACAGGGGCUGGUUUCUAUGUCCACGCCACCCAGGAGCCCUGGAAGAGCAACUACCGCAUGUACGCCUACAUCACGGAGGUGAUCAACGCUAACUUCCCCACUGACCCAGAGAAGAUGUCUAUUUCUGGCCACUCCAUGGGGGGGGGCACGGAGCCCUGAAGAACCCUGGAAAAGGCAUGGCAAGUCACAGUCUUACAACUCAUGAUAUAGUCAUGAUGUAAUAUACACAUGUGAAUGAAGCCCCCACCCCUCUACAGUCUGUGUCUGUUGUUUGCCACCAUCUGCAACCCCAGCCAGAAAGCCUUCAAUGGCUACCUGGCAAAAGACAAGAAAGCCUGGGAGGCGUAUGAUGUCACGGUGCUGGCAGCGUCCUACUCCGGCCCUCAGCUGGACAACCAGGGCAGUGAUGACUAGUUCCUGUCGGCCAGUCAGUUGCUUCCUGACAACCUGAUCGCCUUCUGCUCAGAGAAGAUCCCUGUGGUGUUCAGGCUGCAGCCGGGCUACGACCAUAGCUACUUCUUCAUCUCUUCCUUCAUCAACGACCACGUCAAGCACCAUGCCAAGUUCCUCAACGCUUAAGACCAUGACUGCUGGACCAGAACCCAACCAGGCUUUCUCCUCUAUGCCUUCUCCUCCCAACUGUGCACCUGCUACUAUGCACCUGUCCAAUACAGAGAGACGUAGGUGCCUGGUGAACUGACAUUAACCUGAUACGCCUGGUGAGCUGAAAUGAACACACCUGCUGUGUUGAGUCAAGCUGAGAAAAAGACAACACACUGACAUCUGAGACCAAUACAAAAUACACGUGGACUAAAGACCAAACAUAAGAGUUUUUUUCAGAGUAGGUCUUUACUCAAAGUGAUGAGAAAUAUAUACAGUAUUCACAGCAGUUACGGUGACGUUAAAGUUGUGUUUCAUGCAAUCAAAUCCAAAUUGCUGUACAACAAAUACACCAAUUUGACAAAAGGUACGAAAUUGUAUAUGGUACAUAAAAAUGAAAAAAUAAAAAAAAACUCACUUUAAAAUAAAUGUCCUCCCAAUCAUAAGUACAAAACUGUGAAUACAAGCUUUCAGGACUAUAUACAGAGAAAGGUAGAAAACAACUGCUCAACACUCAGCAGUCAACAGUUACACUGUGGUAAAAACAUUUCUCACAAUGAUAUAGUUCAAAUUAAUUUCAUAUUAUGCCAUACACACAUUUCUAAAUCAAAAUGGAGUUCAGAUUUGUUAGUUGCCAAAACAAAACUAUAAAUAGUUAUUUUUAAAGUGCAGAUCAUUUCAGUCCCAUAGGCAGCCACACAGCCACUCCCAAAGGCAGGUUGGCAUUUAUUGUCAUGAAUCUUGCCCUGCAGGCAGCUCUGCAGAGUGGUCACUAGCUGGCACAGCCACAAAGUCAUAACAUCAGAUUUGAACCCUAACCACACCGCUAACCCUAAUGCCCAACCAUAAAUGUAAAAAAAAUAUUUUUUCAUGAAUUUUUUCAAUAUAGCCAACUUUGACUUUGCAGCUGGCCCAUCUAGCAGAAAUCCUUAAUUCUGUCUCCAGGGCAAGAUUCAUGACAAUAAACAUCAACCUCCCAAAAGGUCAAAGGGAUUGACUGACUAAUCAAUGAAUAGUAAAGUAAUGAUCUCUUUUCAUGUAAAAUCCCCUCGUUAAGGUUCUAAAAAGGUUUGCAGCGCAUGGCCCAAACCUCCAUAAUGACUAAGUGAAACAAACCACACAGCAACUUUAUCUUACUUAUCAAAUAUCCCUGUCACAUUUCCCUUCAGUCUCCACAUCUCUCUGGUCGAUCAUCAAAAUAUUGAAGGAAACGUUAAAACUGGGAUACUGGUAUUUUUUACCCGUUAGUAGCUAAGUGGAAAGGGAAUUACUUUGAGUAUUAAAGUAGGAUUAAUGUGCAUAUUUUUUAAAUUUUAUUUAUGCAUUGUGAAUUAUAUGAAAUAUAAGCUGCAUUAUAUACAGGUAAUUGACAAAAUAAAGGAAACACGUGAGUAAAUGAGGGAUACAAAGUAUAUUUAAAGCAGGUGCUUCGACACAGGUGAUUCCUGAGUUAAUUAAGCAAUUAAAACAUCUCAUCCUGCUUAGGGUCAUGUAGAAAAAUUCCCAGUUGCCCAUCAUUUUAAGUGUGUGUGUGUGUGUGUCAGUCAACAGAUCUCAACUCAAUUGAACACUUAUGGGAGAUCCUGGAGAGGCGACUGAGACAGCAUUUUCCACCACCAUCAACAAAACACCAAAUUAUGGAAUUACUCGUGGAAGAACGGUGUUGCAUCCCUCCAAGAGUUCCAGACACUUGUAGAAUAUAUGCCAAGGCGCAUUAAAGUGCAUUGAAGCUGUUUUGGCAGUUAGCUGUACAUAAAUAGUAGUACUGUUGUAAAUAUUAUUACUUUGCAUUAUAGCCAUGUUAACGAGAUCACUCCAGAUCCUGAUUCUAAGAGAUUGUUCACUUUGCCUGAGGAGUGUGGCUGAUUAUGUAUGGCAGCGACUGUUAGUUUAACUAAAAUAUUUUACUAAAUAAUAUUAAUAAAGUUAAAUACUUUCUAAAUACGAAACCCACUUGCACAAACCAUCAUCACAUCACAACUUCUCAGAAAAAAAGAUAUUACCAUACUAAAGACAUUAGAUCAUAAGUGGCUCUGAAAAAAAACUGUUUAGUUGUUUUGGCAACUGUCAAAUCUAUCCAGAAACAUUGUGUUUGAUUUUACUGCUAAAGCUUAAGCUUUGGAUACCAAGCUGUAGAAAAUGCAUUAUAUAUGUACAAUAAAAAAAAACUCCACCGCUCA